AUGUCGAAUUACCUUCUUCAGGGAAAAAGUUUCAAUACUAUCAAAACAUACCAUGGGAAUUUUAGAAAAUGGAAAAUCUUUGCAGAGAAACAAGGUUUUCAGUGUCUUCCGGCCCAGCCCGUUCACAUCGCACUGUACAUUACUCAUUUGCUGGACACAGGUUCAUUGUCUCAUGUGGUUAAUCAUGUGAUUUAUUCCAUAAAGUGGGCUCACGAGUUACACAGUUUCGCGGACCCAACUAAUAAUUCUUACAUCAAGUGUCUACAAGAAUCAUCUAAACGCAUCGCCACCCCUACAGUCAGCAGAAAAGAUCCCGUUUCGGCCGAGAUGUUGAUUCGUUUGUGUGAUUUGUAUGUGAGUUCUAACGACGUGAUGAUCGUCAGAGAUUUGGCCAUGAUUCUCAACAAAAAGCUUAGUUACACGGCUGCAAGAGAAAACAUUAUUUCUAGACUGAAAGAAGUCAGUUCAGGGUUAAAUCUUGGUUUACAUUCACUCAGAGCAGGCGGGGCUACCGCGGCUGUAGCUUCCAAUGUCAAUGAAAGGUGUAUUAAAAGGCAUGGUCGAUGGAAGUGUGAAUCUAGUAAAGAUAUGUACAUAGUAGACGAGUUUGAGAAUCGUAUCGCUGUAUCUAAGAAAUUAGGAUUGUAA